CCUAUGAGUCAUUUUUUCGAAAUGAAAGAAGAAAAGAAAUAGUUUAAACAGAUUAUUUUUCGCUGCUUUACUCGAGGAUUCAUAAAAAAUGGGUACACUUGAUAAGUUGGGGAACUGGCCCUUUGCAUCUCUGAUGGCCACCAUUAUUGUCUUUGUGGGAGUGGGGGUGUUUUGUGGCACCCUGUACCGAGCAUUACAGAUCAUCAUUAUCAAUGUUAUGGAGGGAUUGUUCCAGUUUACAGUGACUUGGCUGUCUGUGGUUCAGAUUGUGUUCAUUGUGAUUGCCAUAGUGAUGGCACUGUUCUCCAUUGUCCUGUUGGUUUUCGGUUUCCUUGCAACAGGAGCAACCAGACAAAAUGUAUACUCGGGGAAGAGAUGCAUUAUGGGAGGACAAGUGUCUGCUGGUUUUUUUAUGAUGAUGUCAUUCCUGCUGAGUUUAGUCUGGCUGGUGAUCGUGGGUGUGGCCACCAUUCCUGUGUUUCUGUACAUCAUGCUGGGGUCCAUCUGUAACCAGGAAGUUUACCACAACAAUUAUCAAACUGUGGCUUACUGCUUCAGACUCAAACAUUAUGGUAUCUACAGGAAUUCCACAUACCCAUUUCUGGGUGUUGCUGCUCCAGGGAGGGAUGAAAUCUGUAACCCUGUUGAGCUAAGGGUCCUAUGUGAUAGGUUUGCUGAGGCAGGUCCUCUGUUCUGUGUAGCCCUAGCUGGGGCAGCGUGUAUCGUCAUUGGUAUGCUUUUAUUUAUGUCCACUCUAUCAGCUAACUACACCAGAAUCAAAAUCUCCAAGGAGCUGACGGAUUACCGCAAUGCUGUGGACAUGGAGGAGAUAGACCUACACAGCAACAUGAAGGGGAUAAUGGAUCAGUCGUAUGACAAAAGCAGCUACCGGUGAUUCGAUUCACUGAAACGUUUGGAAGAUUAAGCAUAUCCUGCACAACAUGAGAAAAUCCAUAUUUUUGAAAUCUUUGUCCAUUCUUACAGAUUAGAUUACCUGAUACCUUUAUGAAGGAAUGGAGGUACUCUUGUCUUAGCAAUUGUAUUAAAAUUGUAGAUGAACUAUAAGUACAUGUAUUAACACAUCAAUGUGGUGAUGAUUAUUCAAAACUUUUGUGCAUAUCAACUUACGUGUGACUAUCAUUGUGUUAUUUCAGAAUGAGUCUUUUUAUCUGCAAACUUAUCUUUUGUAUAUUGCGUGGUUGUGAAAUGGUGUUUUUUUUUAUACAUGUAUUUUUUUGUUUGAACACAAAAAAUGUGAUAUGUGUUACCCAAGGGUUAUGUGCAGUAAACUUUUGAAAAUAUAUUUUACAAAAUAUCAGUUAUCCCUUAAAAAAAUAUUUUAUGCAUAAACAUUCCAGACUUUACGACAUAUCAGCAUGUUUUCCACUAAUAAGAAAAGUUUAUAAUUUUUUUGUUGUUUUUUUUUUUAUAUAAGACUUGCCCUAUUCUGAUUGAUCUUCAUUUUGUUCACGUAUUAGAAGGGAAAUAACUCCCAUUGCACAUUCGAGUGUU